UGCUUGUGUGAGAAAUAGACAAUGUCGGCUUACAGAGAAAAAGAUCCCCGUAUUCAUGGCAUCCAAUCCAGGAUUCGUGUUGUCCCCAAUUUCCCCAAACCAGGCAUUAUGUUUCAAGAUAUAACUACCCUUUUACUGGAUCCUAAAGCAUUUAAAGACACUGUUGAUUUGUUCGUUGAAAGAUACAGAGGGAAGAACAUUUCAGUCGUUGCAGGUAUAGAAGCUCGGGGUUUUAUCUUUGGUCCUCCCAUUGCGCUGGAAAUCGGAGCGAAGUUUGUCCCCUUGAGAAAACCGAAGAAGUUGCCUGGUAAAGUUAUAUCGGAAGAGUAUGAACUGGAAUACGGAAGGGAUUGUCUUGAGAUGCAUCUCGGAGCUGUUGAACCUGGAGACCGGGCCUUGGUUGUUGAUGACUUGAUAGCAACUGGAGGCACUCUUUGUGCUGCUAUGAAAUUACUCGAACGAGUCGGGGCCGAUGUAGUUGAAUGCACAUGUGUUAUAGAAUUACCUGAUCUGAAGGGUCGAGAACGGUUGAAUGGGAAGGCGUUAUACGUACUUGUGGAGUCCCAUUGAUCAUGGCUGAUGAUACGGUUUGUAC